GAAGAAGAAGAAGAAGAAGAAUAAUAAGAAGAAGAAGGAGAAAGAUGGCGGCCGCAGGCAGCGACGGAACAGGUUUAGCAGGCAGAUAAUACCGAAGAGUAGAGCGCCUUUAAGACGUCACUUUCAGGGAACACGCACACUAAUGGCGCUGCUGUAUGGCUUGUUAUGGAGGCUCUUGCUCUUUCUGGUCCACAUCAACAGGGCGCUGGUCUCCUGGCUCCGUGUCCGGCUUCGGAGCUGGAAGGGUCGGCUUUGGGAGCGGGCGAUGGCCGCUUUGCUGCUGCCGGUAGCCCUGGCCGGGGUCCCCGACCCCCAGAGGAAGGUAAACCAGGACCCUGAUGCUAACGCUAACCCGGUAACUGGAAACCGCAAUGCUGGGCGUCGGUCCCGCUGGCUGUCUGACGGCAGGUCUCUGGAGAAGCUGCCGGUCCACAUCGGCCUGUUGGUGGCGGAAGAAGAGCCCAGCUACACGGACAUAGCAAACCUGGCAGUGUGGUGCAUGGCUGUCGGGAUAUCUUAUGUCAGCGUCUAUGAUAACCACGGCAUUUUUCAGAAGAACAACUCUCGUCUGUUGGAGGAGAUAGUAAGGCAGCAGCAGGACUUGAUGGGUGUCGACGGAUCCAAAUGCGAUGUGGAGUUUCUUAGCCAGGGAAGUGACAAACACCAGCACCAUGUGGUGUCCUGCUGGCCCUCAGUGAAGGUGCUGUCUCCAGAGGACGGGAAGCAGAGCAUCGUGCAGGCGGCGCAGCAGCUGUGUCGCUCUGUGGAGAACAGAGAGAGGAGCUCCAGAGACAUCAGCGUCUCCAUGCUGGACCUGCUGCUCCGAGAAUCCAAGAGCGUCCCAGACCCUGAGCUGGUGGUGAAGUUUGGCCCGGUGGACAGCACGCUGGGCUUCCUGCCCUGGCACAUCAGACUCACAGAGUUCAUCUCCCUGCCCUCCCACAGAGACGUCUCCUACGAGGACCUGUUGGGGGUGCUGCGGCGGUUUGGCAGCUGUCAGCAGCGGCUCGGACAGUGAAGUGCAGGCAGGAGGAAGUGCGGGGUUCACAGUCGGAGGAGAGUUUGGACAGGUGUGACCCCUCCAUGCUUCGCUGUGUCCCCCACUACUCCACUCCCCAAAUCUGUCCACGUCCUGGUUCUUGAGAAGACAGCCUGCCAGAUCAUUUCCUGCCACCAGCUCUUGUCUUAUAAUAAACUUGCAUUCCAGGACUUCUGGAACAUGCUCUCCAAGCCAAGAGAAAAUAGCACAUGAGACUCAGUGGCAGGAGAAGUGCGCACAGACUCCGUUCUGUCCUCUCAGAGCCUCAGCCUCCAGCUGCUGUUGUCUGCCUUCCCUCAGCAGAUAACAAAGAAGAAGCAAGGCUUUGUGCUGGCAAAUCCAGCUGCAUUUCAGAGAGAAGCUCGACUCCCUAACACAGCCAAGGAGCGGAAGUGUAGCUGAGGGAUAGAGUGCUUAAUAAUAGUGUGUAAAUAGGAGAAAUCCAUGUGGCUAUGUUUGUCCCUGUGGCUCCAGCUUGUUCAUGUGUAGUGUUGCUUCAGACACAUACAGAGUCUCUGGGCUCCUGUUAGACUGACCAAGCUCUGAAAUAAAGAAAUGCACUGUGUGUCUCCUGAAA